CCGGGAUCGAAGACUGUUUGACAGUCGCGUUGGGCGUUGGAUGCAUGUCAUUGUUUUUGAGCGUCAUUGUUAUAUCUUUUUUUGAUUCAUUCUGGAUAGCACCGGCUCGUCCAUUAUACCCCGUCUGCACCGUCUAGUAUUUUCACAUUGUAUAUUGCAAUAACUCAUGAUUGUUACGACCGCCUUAAUCGAUUCAGAGACAGUCGGCUUGCGCAUCUGGCCCGCCAGCGACAAUAAUACUAUAGCGAAAGCACCCAAGGAGAAUCCAACACAGGAGGAAGCACAAAGAUGGAGGCCUUGUCACCCCGCUCGACAAAUCAAAUGAUCAAACCCAAAGUGCCAAUGGAACGGAAGGUACUCGAUCGGAACGCUGCAGCUGCCAAUGCUGCACAGAAAGCUACAUCCUCGAAGAACCAUGCGCCGCCGCCGCCUGCCCUCGUCACGGAGCCCAUCGAGUAUGGUGAGCGAUACUCGACCGGCGCAUUCCUGGGGAAAGGAGGAUUUGCUAUCUGUUACGAAGGCACAUUGCUGCGCAAUAAUCGAGUCUUCGCGAUGAAGGUGGUGAAGUCGGAGAUGACACAGAAGAAGAUGCAGGAGAAGGUACUUUGCGCUCCAGAUCCCGGAUAAUUGGGCUGGACUGGAGAUCAUGUGGUUUGCUAAUCUGGGGUGUUCUGUAGUUUCGGACCGAACUUCAGAUCCACUCGAAAAUGCGACACCCUCAUAUCGUCGGCUUUCAUCGCGCGUUCGCUUUCGAUCAGAGCACCUACGUGAUCCUCGAGCUUUGUCCCAAUGGGUCGGUUAUGGACAUGGUCAGGAAAAGGAAGUGUUUGAGUUUGCCGGAGGUCCGACGAUUGAUGAUCCAGCUUUGCGGUGCGGUGAAAUAUCUGCACAAGCGAAAUGUUGCGCAUCGAGAUUUGAAAAUGGGCAAUUUGUUCCUGGAUCAGAACAUGGAUAUCAAAGUGGGAGAUUUCGGACUGGCGGCGAUGAUAAUCUCAGAGCGCGACGAAAAACGGAGAAGAACGCUUUGCGGGACCCCGAAUUAUAUCGCUCCGGAAGUUCUCGAUAAGACCAAAGGGGGCCAUACGCAAAAAGUCGACAUCUGGUCCUUAGGUGUUAUAUGCUUUGCGAUGCUCACAGGCUACCCUCCCUUCCAAUCGAAAACCCAGGAAGAGAUAUACAAGAAAGUCAGAAACCUCACAUACGUGUGGCCCAAAGGUGCAGACUGCGCCAACGACAUUCCGGAAGAAGCGAAGUCGCUAGUCAGCUCUUGUUUGAAUUUGGCAGAAGAGGAACGACCCGACCCCGACGACAUUGUUGAGCACCCUUUUUUCAGCAUGUACGACGGAUGCAUCCCGCGGAGACUGGAGCCCCAGUGCUGCCUUGCUAAGCCGUUCUGGCUCACGGCGGAUCAACCUCGUGGCGACAAUAUGGUGAUUGGCCAUAGCUUGGAGUAUGACGAGAAAUUGUCCGGCUAUAUAGAUAACGUCGACGAUCCGAGCCAGCGAUACCACAUUUGCAAAGCCGCCUUUUAUACUUUCUGCGGCGUUGGGAGGAAGCCAGAUGGGUCUGCCCGGAAAGCUGCUGGCAAGCACGGCUCUAAGUCGGCGUUCGCUGAAUGCUUCGCGGAGGAGGAGAAGGGACUUCAACCAGUUAUCCCUUUGCCGGAGGACAUCGUCUACAGCUACCCCUACGAUCCAGAAGGAGAUUGGAGUGUUCCGGAGCUGAUGCUAACAAAGCGCAGAGACUGCUCCUCGCUGGAGAGCUCCGUUCUGUCCUCGAAAAGUACUGCAUCGGUUCGCAGCAAUGUGAUGUCACAGUCGCGAACGCAGGCCGCCUUAGUUGCGGCCCAACAGCGUCGACAGGAAUCGCAGAGCCAUGCAGCUACUCUUCGACAGCAAGCGACCGGCCGAGGCUCUGUCAGAAAGGUGCCAACCCUUUGCGAUCCCCCAGGCCCCGUAUCACGACCGUUGGAAAAUGUGCGUGUGGAUGAUGAUGCGUUGUCUGUACCGGGUGGACCAACAGGUGGCCUCGCGGAUCGUCCCAUUCGCGCGCGCCGUGGGGUGGCUGCUUCGUACUCAGGCUCAACGCGUGGCUCGGAUAGAAACCUGGUACCUCAGGUCUCCCGCAUUACUAGUGAUGCAGCGAUGCUGACGGUUGGAAAGACUCGUUCGCAGUCUCGACGGCUAGAAGCCGCGAAUAAGGACGGCCCAGAACUUCCGUUACCUAAAGAGCGAACUACCACAACUACUCUAGACAGCGCUCCAAUCCGGCUGCGACCCGCAUCAAUUCGUGUUGCGCCUAAGUUGGAGAAACCCGAGGUGUUGAAACCGGUCGAGCCAUUGAAAUUAGAACCCCGACCCGCCCCAGCUGAAGAGGUCCACCGUUUACGGCCAGAACCUCAGCCUCAACCUCAAGCUAUGCCUAGAACCGGCAGUAAGACGUCGCUAUCUUCUGGCAAUAAACCUCGGUCAUCUCUUGGAACGCACCCACUUUUUCAUCGCGAUGACCCAUGUGAAGCCCUUCCGGGGACAUCUAUUGCCGAUACCAAUGCAGACCUACGACACAUGCUAUCAAACCUGGUGCCAAAUUCAUCUGUCCGACGGCGCGCAGUUGCCAGGAGAGAACCGCAUACGUACGUCAUCAAAUGGGUCGAUUAUACCAAUCGAUACGGCAUCGGCUACGUCCUGGACGAUGGGAGCGUCGGAUGCGUCUUUAGAGCGGGUAAUGGCAAUCCGGCCACUGGUGUCGUCGUACGCGAAGGUGAGAAGCACAUCCGUCGCAAGGCGCGCAGCCAUGAGAAACGGGAGGGAGACGCAUUCACCUAUUCCGAGGCGGAUCAGCUUGUGCCUCGCCAAGGGAAGCCGGUUGAAUUCUACGAGAACUGCGACAACGAUGCAUCCGGGUUCCACGGAGGCGUACGUCGCGCAGCAGUCCCCCCUUCACUAUUUGAAGUCAAGCCGUCAUCCAAUGGCUCCUCCAGCUCGGGCGUCAAGGUUCGUACAAAUUCUGGUAUGGAGUGUGCGCGAGCGGACGCCGAGAAGAUUAAACGCGUCAAAUUGGUGGACCAGUUUGGCAAGUAUAUGAUCGGAUCUCUAGGCCGACAUGGCGACGAGGCAUUCCUCGAGGACCAAACGUCAACCGGGGACCAAAGACAGUUUAUCAAAUACUACCAGCGCCUAGGUAACGUGGGUGUGUGGGGAUUUGGGGAUGGUGCUCUUCAGUUCAACUUCCCCGACCACACCAAACUCGUUAUAUCACCAGGUCGCACCAGAAGUUCAUCUCCAUGGAUAGACUUCUACCACCUGUCGCCCUCGGCUGCUCGUUACUUGAGCGCCAAAGGAAAGAUGCACCCCGCUGGAUUCGACACGCGGGCGCUGGCAUCGGACGAGGUGGGAACGUUCCUGAGCAUUGCGUACGGAGCGACAGCUAGUCCGAUGGAUGAACGCAUUCGCGACAUCCUUGACGCCAACUCGUUCCUUCAAAAGAUCGGGUUCCUGAAAGACGUUUUGAAAGGAUGGAUUAAACACGGGCGAAUUGGAGGACGCCCAUUCGACAAAUCCCUGGGAGUCGAAGGAGGCCUGCGGUCGCUCGACAUGUUCUGGGAGGGAGCCCAGGAGAGGGCCCACGGGUCGAAGUUUGUUUGGGUGACAGUGGGCGCGCCUGGAGGAGACGGCGAGUACCGAUCCAUCACUCUUAGGGAGAAGGACAAAAAGGUGGAAGCAACCCAUGAGCAGGAAAUGGGGAUGCUCAGGGAACGGUUGCGAAUGUUGGGGGCACCGUCUUAGUCGACGGUCCGCGGAUCUUACGAUGUUAUGAUUUCCACUGUUUUGAUUCAUUGCAAUGGUCGUUUUGGUGUGAUUCUUGCGUUCAUUCCCUUGCAUUUGCUGCGUGUUUGAUUUAUUGCAUGACCGUGCGUCUUUUCCACAGUUACAUAUUUAGUAUCCAAUUUUCAGACCUGCGAAUUAAUCAACCUCAA